GCCAUGGAAAACCAUUCCAUGAAGCUCUCUACGCACUGUUGUUGGGCUCAUCUGAAGGCCACACCAAGUUUGGAGGUCUUUAGCUAUUGGCUCUGCAGACAGUUGAAGCAGUCUGCAUGCCUAGGGGCUUGAUGGUGUACAUCUAUGGCCAUGGAGGGGAUUGGAACACCUGAAUCACAUGAUGUGGAGGGCGGGGCCAAUACUUUUGGCAAUGUAGUGUAUCUGAAAAGGGUAAGUAUGCACCGUAAAAUUACAACACAGAAUAACCACACAGGUUAUGGUGAGAAGAUACCAAAGGAAUCA